ACGGAGCGCUAUUUGAAAGCCGCUGGUCCCUCUCCUGUUUAAAUUCAGUGAUAAAAGCUGACGGUUUCUCGGUGAAUUUUCUGUUGGAUGCUGAAAUAAAAUCCCUGUUUGUUUUCACUGCUUCGACGUUAAACAUGUCCUCGGUUCAAGUUCGAGCUGCGCUUUCUGUGGCAGAUAACCCCGUAAAGAUGGCUAAAAGAGCGGCUGGAGGUCAAAGGAGAGCGGCUCUGGGAGAAAUCACUAAUGUUCCUGCUGCUGCAGCUGGAAACACGAAGAAAACCGACCGAGCCAAAGCGACAACCAAACCAUCAUGUGCACAGAAAACCAAACCCACACUGGUGGCUCCUCCAGUCCCCAAGGCCCCGGCUCCUGCAGACCCCGUCCCAGAGGAGGCAGCUGAUGUGUCCAUGAAGGAGGAGGAGGAGGAGCUGUGUCAGGCUUUCUCUGAGGCGCUGCUCGCCGUGCAGGACGUGGAUGAGCAGGAUGCCGAUCAGCCGCAGCUCUGCUCAGAAUAUGUCAAAGAUAUCUACAAGUACCUGCACAUCCUGGAGGAGGAGCAGGCGGUACGAGCCAACUACAUGGCGGGUUAUGAGAUCACUGAGCGGAUGCGAGCGCUGCUCAUCGAUUGGCUGGUCCAGGUUCACUCCAGGUUCCAGCUGCUGCAGGAGACCCUGUACCUCACAGUGGCCAUCCUGGACCGCUUCCUGCAGGCCCAGCCAGUCUCUCGUAGGAAGCUGCAGCUGGCCGGUGUGACCGCCAUGCUGGUGGCUUGUAAAUACGAGGAGAUGUACGCUCCAGAAGUGGGAGACUUUGCCUACAUCACUGAUGACGCCUUCACCAAGUCUCAGAUCCUGGAGAUGGAGCAGCUGGUCCUCAGGAGCCUCAACUUUCAGCUGGGACGCCCUCUUCCUCUGCACUUCCUCCGACGGGCGUCCAAAGUGGCCAAUUCUGAUGUAGAGCGCCACACGCUGGCUAAAUACCUGAUGGAGCUGACCCUCCUGGACUAUGACAUGGUUCACUAUAGACCAUCUGAGAUCGCCGCGGCCUCCCUGUGUCUGUCCCAGCGGCUGCUGGACGGCCUGCCCUGGUCUCCCACACAGCAGCAUUACUCCACCUACGACGAGGCUCACCUGAAGCCCAUCAUGCAGCACAUCGCCAAGAACGUGGUCAUGGUGAACGACGGGAAGACCAAGUUCACGGCGGUGAAGAAGAAAUACUCGAGCACUAAGCUGCUGAAGAUCAGCCUCCUCCCUCAGCUCAAGUCUUCCAUGGUGGCCAACAUGGCGGCUGCUGUGCUCAAACCCUGAGCUGAACGCUACCGUCUCAUCACUGAGGACUUUUCACUGGCACUUUAUUUUAGAUGCUCACCUGUGGAGAAGCUUGACUGUUUUUAAUAAAAUGUUUUUAUCAUUUCUGA